GAGAAUUGUGAAGACAUGUAUAAAAUAAAACCACUUGGGCACCAGACUGCUCUGUGAAUUUACCUAGGUGCAGAUCUGCCUUCCUGCCUUCAGCUCACCCACCAGACCAUGACUGUACCUGGUGGACAUCUGUGUCUUGCUGGCCUCCUUGCUUCUGUCUGGACAGAGUUGGAAGAAUCCAGGGAUUUCAAGUUUUGAGUAGCGGCGUCUCACAAGAUUACCACACCUAAACUGAAAAGGGAGAUGCAGCUCUGAGUACCAGAUUGGUGUGUGCACUGCAUGUACAUGAAAACAUACAUGUUUUUGUCAUCACGUAGACUUGCUCUGGCAUAUUCCUGAGAGCUUUGCAGUUGAUGAAAAUUAAUUUGAUAACCAGAUGGAGCACCUUCGCAGCACAGGAAUCAGUAAUCUAUGGAAAGACACCUGCCAGUAAUGUUCAGCUUUCCACAUGGUCUUCACGGGUGAAAAAAAUCUGCAAGAAGAGAAAGAAAAAACACCCUCUGUGCAGAAGAAGCCAAAUAAAUACCUCCACAAUCUAAAUCGAUAGCUGUGAGGGAAACAGAAGAAUCAAGAGGGCAGAGGAAACUGAUUUAGUUCCAGCAGAGGAAUAAUGUAUGGUCUUCGGCACGUUUUGCUUUGGGCUCAGUAGAUUGUGAAUGGACAAUAAAUGGUGACCUUCUGCUGAGCAAUGAUGACUGGAAGUAAAUAAGUUGAGGAACUAUGGGACAAGUCUGGGCAUUGAACUGAGCAAAUCUCGCCAUCCUUCUUGAGUUAACCAGGUCAUCAAACUUGCAUAUCCUUUCUCCUCUCCUUUUUCCUCUUUUCACUUAGUGUGAUAUAAAUACUAGCUAAUUGAGCUCAUAAAUGUUAUUCAAAUAAAACGAUUGGAAUACUUCAUAUGUUUCCUUCUUGUACAGCUGCAAAUGUUGUGUCUGGAACUAUGAAUCUGUGCUGUAGACAAGCAUCAAGAAGGAAAGAUCCUAUCAAACAAGCAAGGAAAAUACCUAGAGAAAUAGUGAACCCAGGAAGUCAGAUUUUUAAUGCUGCUUCACUUUCUUUUUUAGAUGAUUAUAUUUCUUCCUUCCCUGAAUUUUAGAAGAUUUUGAAAGAGUGCUUACUUGAUGUGCUUUAAUUCUGGCAUUUGUUUUUUAUGGUAGAAUGAAAAGUCUGUGAUUCCUUGUAGCAGAAAAAAAGGGAAAAGUAAAGGAAAAACAGCUUGACAUUUUAGCCCGUUUCGCAGGAGAGAGAACUUCAUGGUUCACCUGAGGCAAACUUACCUACUUUGAAAGCUAAAAGCUUUAGAGCAUUUUUGAUUCUGCUAUAAAUGAAGAGGGGGUUCUUUUUCAUUCGUGUGUGGCAGCAAAAAGUGGGAAAGCAGGCAAGAUAGCGUGAUAAACAGUUCAGGCUGUGUUGGGUCUCUGGUGGAAAAAAAGUGCUGCGGUGAAAAUUGGAUUGGCUUUGGAUUGCAAAAACUUUUGAGUCCAACGAGCGGUUCAGUACCAAGAGGGAUUUCCCAACUGGCCUGGCACACCAGUGCCUGCACAAGUUCGGGUCUGUUGUUUCACACGGUUUGUGUGCCUUUUUUUCCCUUUAUGCAAUCUCUUUCAGCUUUAGCAGCAGAAAUACAUCAGAUGGAAAAGAUAUGCCAGAGGGCAGCUUGGAAAAGAGGAAUGUCAUGUAUAUACAUAUAUAUGUAUGUGCGUGUGUUUAAAUUUCUGCAACUGAACUUUUGAAGAAAAUCUGACUGGAGGAAGUUUUAAAAGCCUUAAGUUACUUGAAACCUACACAUUUGCAACUCUUUGUCUCUGGAAUUGCAUUACGCUAAACUGGAAUCUCAGGCUGAAUAAAGAUUAUAUCAAGUUGAGCAAAAAGAUGACUUAACCAUUUCUUGAGCGCCUCUUAUGAAGUAGCUGUUUCUCCAAAGGAUAAGUGCACCCCCACUCUACAGACUCAAAACAAAAAUGAACCUGAAUUUUUUUUUAAGUGUUACUUUUUCUUAGCCAACUGCCAUCAUCUUUUAUAGAGGAAUUUUUCACUAUGCAUUUGGUGGAUAUUUAUAAACACUGACCCCAUCCUCCUCCCUUUCAAUGAUCUAUCCAGGUCAGUCUUAUCAAUAAAAAAAAAAAAAAAUUGAUUUAAAUUUUGUGCACUAGACAUAUUACUUUCUUAUGUCAAAAAAUAAAAUAUUUAAAAAAGCAUGUAUGCAGCAGUGGAACAUGGGCCUGUUCUUUGCAGCGAUUCCAACAUCCUCUGCCUCUCCUGGAAAGGCAGAGUCCCCAAAAGUGAGAAGGAGAAACCGGUGUGCAGGAGGCGGUACUAUGAGGAAGGCUGGUUGGCAACGGGCAAUGGGAGAGGAGUUGUAGGCGUCACCUUCACUUCCAGCCAUUGCAGGAGGGACAGGAACACCCCUCAGAGAAUCAACUUCAAUUUGAGGGGCCACAACAGUGAGGUUGUGCUGGUGAGAUGGAAUGAACCAUUCCAGAAAUUAGCAACCUGCGAUGCAGAUGGAGGAAUAUUUGUUUGGAUACAAUACGAAGGCAGAUGGUCUGUGGAGCUCGUGAACGAUCGUGGGGCACAGGUAAGCGACUUUACAUGGAGCCAUGAUGGGACUCAGGCACUUAUCUCCUACAGAGAUGGAUUUGUGCUGGUCGGUUCGGUCAGCGGACAGAGACACUGGUCUUCGGAAAUAAACUUGGAGAGUCAGAUCACCUGUGGCAUAUGGACUCCAGAUGACCAACAGGUACUGUUUGGCACUGCUGAUGGACAGGUUAUUGUCAUGGACUGCCACGGGCGAAUGCUGGCCCACGUGCUCCUUCACGAGUCAGAUGGCAUCCUCAACAUGUCCUGGAACUACCCCAGCUUCCUGGUGGAGGACAGCAGCGAGAGCGACACGGACUCUGAUGACUAUUCCCCACCACAAGACGGACCAGCUGCCUAUCCAGUGCCGGUGCAGAACACCAAGCCACUGCUUACUGUCAGCUUCACGUCAGGAGACAUCAGUUUGAUGAACAACUACGAUGACUUGUCUCCUACUAUCAUCCGCUCAGGGUUGAAAGAUGUGGUGGUACAGUGGUGCACACAAGGAGACCUGCUUGCAGUAGCAGGCAUGGAGAAGCAGAGCCAGCUGGUUGACCUCAGCAAUGGUUCCCUGCUGAAAAGCGCGCUUGUCAAGUUCUACAACGUGCGUGGGGAGCACAUCUACACUCUGGAGACACCUGUGCAGCGUCCCAUCAUCUCCAUCUGUUGGGGUCACAGGGAUUCCCGGCUGCUGAUGGCUUCUGGGCCCGCGCUGUACGUUGUCAGAGUGGAGCACAGGGUCUCCAGCCUGCAGCUGCUGUGCCAGCAGACCAUCGCCAGCUGCCUGCGGGACGACAAGGACAUCAGCAAGCUGACCCUACCCCCUCGGCUCUGCUCGUACCUCACCACUGCCUUCAUACCAACAAUCAAGCCUCCAAUCCCAGACCCAAACAAUAUGAGAGAUUUUGUCAGCUACCCAACAGCUGGUAAUGAACGGCUGCACUGCACCAUGAAGCGGACGGAAGAUGACCCAGAGGUCGGUGGUCCCUGUUACACGCUGUACCUGGAAUACCUUGGGGGACUGGUGCCCAUCCUGAAAGGACGUCGUAUCAGCAAGUUGCGGCCAGAGUUUGUCAUCAUGGAUCCCAAAACAGACGGAAAAGCAGAUGAAAUCUAUGGAAACAGCUUGAUUUCCACUGUGAUUGACAGCUGCAACUGCUCUGACUCCAGCGAUAUCGAACUCAGCGAUGACUGGGCAGCAAAGAAAUCUCCAAAAAUCAGUCGAGCUAGCAAAUCACCUAAACUCCCGAGAAUCAAUAUAGAAGCUCGCAAAUCUCCAAAGAUGUCACGAGCUGCACAGGAGAUCUCAAGAUCACCAAGGUUACCAAUAAGGAAACCCUCCAUUGGUUCUCCAAGCCUGACACGAAGAGAGUUUCCUUUAGAAGAUAUUACUCAGCACAACUACCUUGCUCAGGUCACAUCUAAUAUCUGGGGAACCAAGUUUAAAAUUGUGGGUUUGGCUGCUUUCCUACCAACUAACCUUGGUGCAGUAAUAUAUAAAACCAGUUUGCUGCAUCUGCAGCCCAGGCAAAUGACAAUAUAUCUCCCAGAAGUGCGGAAGAUUUCAAUGGACUACAUUAACAUGCCUGUCUUUAAUCCAAAUGUUUUCAGUGAAGACGAAGAUGAUUUACCAGUGCCCGGCGCCCCCGGCGCGCCCGCCAGCAGCCCGCCCUGCACCGUCAACAUCCCCAUCGCGCCCAUCCACAGCUCGGCGCAGGCCAUGUCGCCCACGCAGAGCAUCGGCCUGGUCCAGUCGCUGCUCGCCAACCAGAACGUGCAGCUGGACGUGCUGGCAAACCCGCCGGCCGAGGCGGGGGGCGAGGGGCCGGGGCCCUUCCCGGGGGCUCCGGGCCGCUUUCCCGGCCCCGGGGCGGGGGCGCUGGCCGUGGGCGAGCUGGGCCGGCCGCCGCCGCCGCCGCUCGCCCCGCCGCCCCCCGCGCCCCCCGCCAUCGCCCUGGCCGACCUGCGGGACCACGGCGACCGCGAGCAUGAGCCCCCGGCCAAGGCCAAGGCCCCGCGGCCGGGGCCGCCGCUGGUGGAAGGGGACGCCGUCAUCUUCGGGGCCGCUCAGGAGCUGCAGCUGAACAAGAUGAACCCGCCGCCUCCCUACCCCGGCACCAUCCCCGCCGUGCCCGCCACCCCCCUGCCGCCCCCGCCCGGGCCCCCGCAGCCGCCCCUCGAUCUCUGCCUCAAGAAGGGCGAGUUCUCCCUCUACCCGGCGGGGCACUACCAGACGCCCCUGGGGUACGAGCGGAUAACGACGUUCGACAGCAGCGGGAAUGUGGAGGAGGUGUGCCGGCCUCGCACCAGGAUGCUCUGUGCCCAGAGCACCUACACCCUGCCGGGCCCCGGCAGCUCCGCCACCUUGCGCAUCACGGCUGCCGAGAAGAAGAUGCAGCAGCCCUGCGCCAGCGCCACCUUGAACCGGCUCACGGUCCCCCGUUACUCCAUCCCCGCCGGGGACCCGCCGCCCUACCCUGACAUCGCCAGCCAGCUGUCCCAGGGCAGAAGCAUGGCGCAGAGGCUGGACAGCAGUAUCAUUCAUGCUACUCUGCGGAGGAACAGCAGAGAGGCAGCCCUGAAAAUGGCUCAGCUGAUGGAUGGUCAGAGAGCCACCUUGCAACUUCCCCCUAAGGCCAAGAGCAACAUUGUGUCAGCACAGUACCAGCAGAGAGUGCCCACAGCCUUGUACACCUGCAGCCAGUGCAGCAGUGGCGGCGCUGGCAGCAGCAGCACUGCGAGCGCUGGCGGCGCGGGCAGCAUUGCUAGUGCCAACGCUGGUAGCAGCACUUCCAGCAUUGGUGGCAUGAGACCAGAUCUGAGCACAGGGAGUGGCUCCCAGCACAGCUCUGUCAUUGCUCACUCUGUCAGUACUUCGCCUCUGGCCUCCCAGUCCUCCUACAGCUUGCUGAGCCCGCCCGACAAUUCCCGUGACCGAGCGGAUUAUAUCAACUCCGCUUUCACGGAGGAUGAGGCCCUUUCUCAGCACUGCCCAGUGGAGAAAUCAGUACGGCACGUACCCGUGUCCUUGACAGAGGCUACCCUAAGUGUGAAACGGCCGCCGCCGUACCAGUGGGAUCCUAUGGUGAGCGAAGAGAUAUGGGUUCCUCAGGAAAGGACAUCUCAGAGCUCAGUGCCCAACCCUUUAAAACCUCCUCCGCUCAUCAUUGGUCAAGCUCAACAUCUGGAUAUGUCUCGAGUGCCAUUUGUUUCCCCCAAGUCUCCAACCAGUCCCACUGCCACUUUUCAGACGAGUUACGGGGUCGGAGUACCUUACCCAGGAAGCUACAGUGCCCCACCCCUUCAGGGAAUGCAGGCCCCCUGCUCCCCCAAAGAAGCUCUGGCCCCAACACAGUUUGCACAGCAGGAGCCCACGGUUGUGCUUCAGCCAGGUUAUUCAUCCAGCCUCCCCUACUGCCCUUUGCCGCCCAUGUACCCGGGAAGCAGCACCUGCUCUAGUUUACAGCUGCCACCGAUCGCCUUGCACCCGUGGAGCUCCUACAGCGCCUGCCCACCCGUACAGAACCCCCAGGGCACCCUGCCCCCCAAGCCGCUCCUCGUGGUGGAGAAGCCGGUGAUGUCCCCCCCGCCAGCAGAGCUGCAGGGCCACGUGGGCACAGAGGUAAUGGUGGAGACGGCAGACACUUUCCAGGAGGUGCUCUCCCUGACAGAAAGCCCUGUUCCUCAAAGGACAGACAAAUUUGGCAAGAAGAGCCGGAAACGCCUCGACAGUCGAGCCGAGGAAGGAAAUGUGCAGGCUAUCACUGAGGGCAAGGUCAAAAAGGAGGCAAGGACACUGACUGACUUCAAUUCACUGAUAGCCAGCCCUCGGCUGGGGAGGGAGAAGAAGAAGGUCAAGAGCCAAAAAGAUCAGCUGAAGUCCAAGAAACUAAACAAGACAAAUGAGUUUCAGGACAGUUCAGAGAGUGAGCCGGAGCUUUUUAUCAGCGGAGAUGAACUGAUGAACCAGAGCCAGGGCAGUAAAAAGGGUUGGAAAACUAAAAGGAGUUUGAGGACAGCCAGUGAGCUGGAUGAAUUCAAGUGCCGGAAGGCCAGUGAGAAGGAGGAUGGGCGACUGGGAAGCCAAGGCUUUGUGUAUGUGAUGGCCAACAAGCAGCCACUGUGGAACGAGGCAACGCAAGUCUACCAGCUGGACUUCGGAGGGCGGGUGACCCAGGAGUCGGCAAAAAACUUCCAGAUUGAGCUGGAAGGACGACAGGUGAUGCAGUUUGGAAGAAUUGAUGGCAAUGCUUACAUUUUGGACUUUCAGUAUCCAUUUUCUGCAGUGCAAGCCUUUGCUGUUGCUCUGGCUAAUGUGACUCAACGCCUCAAAUGAAAAAGCAGAGACUGGAGAGAGGAAAAUGUUAACCUUCUUAUAAAGUCCAAACGGAAAAUGUCAGGGCAGCCUGCUUUAGGUGUGCAGAGAUGCCUGGGAGUUAAGAAGGCAGUAAAACUGGAAAAGUCUCUUGGUGCCCACCAGAAGGGCAUUAACUCUAAUCAGUCACGGGGUGGAGGGUGGGGGGCUGUUUUCUGUUUGUUUGUUUGUUUGUUAGCUUGUUUGUUUUCUGGUUUCUUUUUCUUUUCAAGCGUUGUGCUGGGUCUCAGAAAGAGCGAAGGGUUGAGAACCAUUCAGUGUUACGUGGAGAAGUGUGGCUUUUGGCUUGUUGUGGUGGUUCUGCUGUGUGUGCUACAGUACCUGAUGUAAGCUCAUGGGGGGAUUAAAACAGACUGCUCUUUUUGAUAGACUGCCUUAUGUCAUGCUAUUCUUUUUAAAACAGGGAACAUGACUUUUUCUGGUCCAGUUUGUACUUCUACUACUAAAAAAUCAGUGAUAGCAGCAAAAAAGUAAAAAAAGAAAAGAAGCUAUGGUACUUGAAGAUACGUGUUUCUUCUCUGAUACCUGCUUUUAACUGAGUGCCGCAGUUUCCAAGGAGGCUUAUGUAGGUAAACAUUUAAUUUAUAAACAGUGAUGUAUUACUCAGAAGAGAAAAAAUUGUUUCUGGUGGGUGUUUCUCAUGGUUUAGGAAUGGUUUUCCCCAAUUUAGUAUUUUCACCAAAAUACUCCAAGCCAUGCACUACUCACUCACUGCCCCCUCCCCUUUUCCCUUCCCUGAGUUGGAUGGAGAGGAGAAUUGGAGGCACAAAAGGUAAAGAUCACAGGUAGAGAGAAGAACAAUUUACUGCAAACAGCAGUGAAAUAAGAAACCAAACAGUAACAGCAGCAAUGUUAAUAACAGAGUGCAUGAGAGGUGAAGGAUUCACACGCAUGUGCUCACCACAGGGGAGUCUCUGCCAAUGCCUGACUGUGCUGCCACACUAUGGGACCCCUUCCCAUGGCCCCAGAAAAUGAUGGGAGGUUGUGUAGAAUAACCUCUGGGUUGUAGCCAUUCCCUCUCCUGGCUACUGCAAAAAUUAACUCUGUCCUGGCUAGAGCCAGGGUUUAAGAACCCACCAUAUCAAAGAAGUUGAUGUCUGCUUGUUUUGUAUACUGUUAAGGGGGAUAAACGUCUUGCAGUAGGUGACAGAAGACAGAGGAGCAGUUACAAGCACUGCUUCUUUUGUUACUGGCAUAAACAUCUUUCUGUAGGUAAAAAAAACUGGAGAGGAAAUAAUCAUGAGUGUUGCUUUUUUGUUCACAUUGUUCAGCAGUAUUCUAUAAUUUGGCCGGUAGCUGGGAGAGGUACAGUGUGAUCAGAUGUACCUCUGAGGCCGUGCCUGUGCUUGCUCCUCAUUUCAGUGUGUUUACACCAUGUAAACAAAGCUUUUCCAGCAGAUGAGAAGACCCAGUGUAUUCAGUCCUCUUAGCAAUCAGUAUCAAUCAAGUUCUACAGCAGUGCUUGAAUUAGGAAGGAGACAGAAGUGUAGCAAGUCAUUACAAGAAGAAAUUUCAUCAGGGAAGCAAAUUCAUUGGAGGAAACAACAUCAUGGCUGGCUGGAGAACAAAUGAGUUGAAAGAGAAAGGAAAAAUUGGACAGAAUCAUGUUUUUUUGUCACCCACUUGCCACUUGCUUCAGCUAAGAGCAGGAAGCCAGUGUCUACAUGGAGUGUGACGGAGGAAAGCUUAAUACCAGUAGUAUGACUGUGCAGUUCUCUCUGGUGCACAUGUGGACAUGUUGAGCAUUUCAGAAGGUUGCUUGCACUGAAGAGUUUCUUUGUUGUCCUUGUGUUGUGCACGUUUACUUGCUUUUUCUCUUUUCUCCUUGUCAGCAUUUUGCUACAGAAUGUGUUUCGAUGUGGAAAUAGUUUCACCAGUAAUGUACAAACCUCCAAACUAUUAAUAUAAUUAUUUGGACAUUAGAUAACAAAACAUCCCAGCAUAUUUUUGUAAAAAUUGAUCUUCUGAAGUUAAAAGAUAACUGGGAAAGAUAUGCUGGUUGAGAUGUCAACAGCUGCUUUGUCUUUCAUACACGAUUUAGCUUCUUUACUUGAGAAAGCCCAUAUAACUUAAGACAAAUAUGUGUGAUUUUCUCUCUUUGUUUUUCUUGAGUCUUAAUAGUAGGGCUGAUGUGUGCUGUGUUUGAUUCAUUCUAGAGGAACAUUUCACAUCAGACCCUGCUGUAGUAGAAAUUGCCAAUAUGCAGUGAGCUGCUAACUCGUGCGCUGCUGAGUUUUCCAGAGCUGUCCAGUGGAGAGGAGCAAUGCCAGUAGAGGAGUGUCAGAGAGUUGCCAGGGGAGGUGAUGAGUUAGAUCAGAUAAUGCCCCACAGGGUAGGUCCAGAAAAAACCACCUGUGAGAUGGUGUCAUUGGAGGGAGGAAGGAGAAGUAGGAAGGAAGGAGUGGGGCAGUAGAUGGUACCAUGCCUGAUUAUCCCAAAGCUUAGCAGCUUCUACUGUGUGUGGGAAUGGUCAGGCUCAACAUUACCCUUGGCAUCUAUCAGAUUGUUGUUUCCUUUAAUUAAUUAAUUUUGUUUUCUUUAAUUGUCUGGGCCCACUUGUGUUCCUUUUCAUGUGUUUGAUUUAUUCAGCCGUUUGAGUGCCUGUAUGUAUAAUGUGUGUGGAGCAGAGGAACUGAAAUAGAUUUGGUUCUGGUCCCUUGAAAAUCAAUGGAAAUGUUUCACUUGUUGGUUUUUAUUGAGGAAACACUAUUAAGCCCUUUGUCUGUAUUGAGUUACAUACUCUAAAAACAGUAGCUUGAAUUCUUAGUCCACUGAUUCCAGUACACAAGGAGGGAAAUUGGCUGAUGAGAGCCCUCACCUGCCCUAAGGUCUGUGCUGACCAGCUGUACCCUAAUUAGUGUUUGACAGGCACACGGUGAACACUGCAAGACAAGAAACAUACCAGGGCUGGCUUGUUUGCUUGCUGAGGGAAGGGCCACUUAGUCAUAUGUCAGAAAUACUCAGCUGGAAGAACACCACCAGCCAAAAUUAUUAGGACGUGGAAACAAUGUGAAUGUCCUUUUCUGAAGAAAAUCUAAUCUAAUUAAGGACUUCUGCUUGCAGUUUCUUUUACCUUCCAGAGAAUAGUGUUCCUCUUCACUUUGUUUAUUGCCAAUUUUUUCCAGUUAUCAGUAGUUUUAUUCUAAUGGAGAACAACAAAACAAGUAACAGAGUUAGUAAUUUGGUUUCAUUGGUCCAGGUCAUGAUUGCAUCCUUCUGACGGCACUCAGAAAUAGCCAUGGCAUAGAAAGAGCUCUGGUUUCUGCCUCAGCAAAGAAAAAUGAAUAAUUGCCAAAAAAUUGGGAAAAUAAAUGCCAUUUCAAACAUCCUUUCCAUUUACUUGACAGAAAACUCUAUAAGACAAGACAGUCUUUUAUCUUUUUGAAAGUAAUUUAGCCAAGUCUCUUUAAUUAAGGAUUUUAAUAUGUAGAGAAUCACCAAUAUUAGAGAGAGAAAAUACUCUCAGAUAGAAUUUUAAUGAAAGGAAUGGUAAAUACAUAGAAAUCUGAGUGUGCAACUGGAUCCUAAAUUAUAAAAAGAACAAGUGAAAGUAAUUUUAUUUUCAAUUGAGAUACAAUAUAGGAAACAUGGAAGAAUAUCCCCACUUAAUCACUUAAAUUGUGAAGACUGCUAUUGCCUUCAGCCAAUAGAUACUACAUUUUCUAUUUUGUUAGUAAAACCCAGGUUUCCUGUAGGUAACUUAAGUACUUCUAGGAAGAAUAUAUCAAAGUGUUCAGAAAUAUCUAGUUCUUUUAUACAUGCAGUAAUUUCCAGUGAAAGGAUGUAAAGGAUGUUUUUUCCAAAGCUUAUUUUUUUCAGUUGUGCAAUAAUUUUAACAGUCUAGGGAAUUUGUUUUGUUUCUCCUGGGUUGGUUUUUUGUUUUUGUUUUGGUUUGUGUUUGAUUUUUCUGUAGGGAAUUUUGAGUGGUUUUUUUGAAGAUAAUUUAAUGCAGAUUUCCUGUUAAUGUCCAAAAACCAAAUUAUUUUUCUUGCAUAAUGUAAUAAGUGAUUUAGGGAUUUUUUUUUUACUGUGUAUCAGUGAGUUAUACACAUUUAUUUAUAUUUAAAGAGUAUCUUUGUAAGCAAUUGUUUGCUAGCAGUUAUAUUUUGCUGCAAGAAAUUAAAAGGGCUUCUAGGGAGACCUGGUUUUGCUGGAUAAUAUGCAAAAACUUCAUAAUGCAGGCAAAAGUGUUUUUUGGCAGGUAAACACAGUGAGUUUGCUAUGGAGAAUUAUGCAGACUACAAAGAGUCUAGGUGAGUUCUUUAGGACCUGCAGAAAUCUGUCCUCUGUUUUCCUUCUUUAUUUGUAACUAUACUCUGCUUGGGAGUGGCUUAAAAAAUAGAAGGCAUGGUUUGCUUUUCUUGAGGUACAAGAUAAGGUGGGUUGGGUGAUAAGAGAGGGUGUAACGACACGGGCUGUUUGGAAGGAGGCCACUGUAGUUCAGUAGGGUUUGGUGGUGGCACAGUUCAGUGCCAGGUGGAGCUACAGGCAGACUAGCUUGGAAUCAGCUGAGGCACAAGGAAGAGUGUAGCAGUUUCCUCUGAAGCAUUUUCCUCUGCUCAGCCUGCUCCUUCUGCAGCUGGGCUCAGCUGCUUCCAGCACUGCCACAGUGCUUCUGGCAGGGCUGCACGGAGCUCAUGGAGCUGUGCCCUGACGUUGCCUGCAGCAGCUUUGCCUCUUCAAGAUGCUCCACAGGAGACCUGUUGGAGCAGGUGUUCCUCCACUCGUCCUCUAGGUGUGCUCCAAGAGCAGCAUGAAGCUGCCAUGGAGUCUGGCUGCAGCAGCUUUGGGCAGAGAGAACCCUGAUGCCAGCCAGCAGCCACGGUGUCCAUCUGAAGGCAGAAUCUGCUCUGCUGGAGUUGCAAAGGGAUGAAGCCAAAAACCUGAUAAUAUUGAAAAAAUAAUUGUGAUAGCCUGGGAAUAUUAUCAUCUCGAACAGAAUCUAAAAAUUGAUAUUUAAAGUCUGGCAUAAUUGGAGAGGCAAAUUUUAGCUUUAAACAGUAAGAAUACAUGUUUCUGCAACAUCCUGAAACUAUGAGAAGAUGGGAGGUAACAGAGGGGGAAAAAAAGGAAUUAUCACAUUAGCAAUUUUGCACUCAGUUCCAAAGACCACAGUAACAUGUGCCGUGGGCUGCCUGAAUAUCAGUAAAUCUGCACACAGGUUCAUCUCAGUUACAAAAGUUUCCUGUGAUGCAGCCACAGGUGAAACAGUGUUUUUAUGAAGAUGCAUGAAGGUCUACAGCUGUCAGACAAGGAUACCUAACUUUGAUGAAUCCUUCAGCCUAAACUUUCCAUAGAUCCAAGCUUUCCUUGAAAUGUCUUUUUAGUGUCCUCUCAGAAAUUACAAACAGAUUUUGGAGCUUGUCUGACUGUUGCCUCAGACAAUUUCUGUGCAUUUGCUUUUUGCAGCCUGAUGUGUGUGAUCCUAUGUUACCUUGGUGCCCUCUUACCUCUCAGAAACAUUUUACAUCCUCAUAUAAAAAGAGCAGAAAGUGCAAAAACUGAUUUGAUGAAAUGAAAGGGGAGAGAAGACACAGUAACUUUUCAUUAACUUUUAAGAAUGUUUCCCAGAGCAGCAGUUAGGAACUGCAUGUCUGCAGGGCCCACAAUACUCCAGACCAGUAAAUCAGACUUAGAGAUUGGUAAGAGAUGAGACCCUUGUGUGGCAUGCUGACAGAGGGCCAGCUUCCAGCCUCACUUCCAGUUACACCAAGAUACAUAAGAGACCAGAAUCCAACCCAAAAGGUACUUCCCCAUUACUGUGUGAUUGUAAGGUAAAGAUGACUUGUAUGACCCAUAUAUAUCCACUCAAUGAAAUUAUAGAGCAUUAUCCAAUGGCCGUGUUGACAGCUCAGUAUAACCCCCCUCGAAGAAUGCUCGAAGUAAAAUCCUGGCCACAGAGUAGUCAUUCAGAUUUUUGACUUUUAUUCCCAUUUCUAGGAUUCCAUCACAGGACAGGAGGGCAAGCUGUUUAUGUUAUUUAGAGAUUGAUUUUUCCAGUGUAAGAGAGCAAGUCACCUCUACUGCUUACAAAAAUGGAAGAAUUCUAGUAGACAAAUUGGUUUUUGUGUUCAUGUCUCUUCCCCUUCAAGGCACAAACCUUCAUUAGUAAAUACCAAUUUAGAGUCUUGCUGCCCUCAGGAGUAGUCUGCAGGGAGGCACCACAAGUCCUCUUUACAGCAUUGGAACUUACAUGCACCAUUCUCAAAGGAAUAAAAUUAAUUACUACUUUGUGAACAAUGGUCUAUGUGAAUUAUUUUGUCUUUGUAUUUAUUUAAUUUUCUUCUUAAGAAGUCCCACAGAGAUGUUUUUAAGAUGAAAAGACUGCUUUCCCUGUUGCCUGAUAUUACUGAAGAUAUAUCAGGAGUUUCUUUGGGCGGUUUGAUUGUUGCUGCAUCUAGAAAAUUUUUAAGGCAAAAGCAAUUAAUGAAACAAAAGAAUUAAAUAAGAUUCAGUGAAGCAGUUCUUGCUAAGAAAACUAAAAGCUUCACCCUUUAACUUUUGAUUUUGCAAAUGAACUGGUAAUGAGAAAUUUGUGUUUCAAGGCAAAUUGAUUGUUUGGGAGUACUAUGAAAGUGCACUGGUUUGCUGACACAGAGCUGACUGCGGGAUCAAGAAGACAUGCUUUUGUGAGACAAAUAAAUGAAAACACCAAAUACUUACCUAUCCAUACGUACCUAUCCAGAGUGUCCAAUGAAAAUGUAGAUGGUGUCAUGUCAAAGCCUGCCAGUCUGUUCUUAAUCCUCUGGUUUACAGUUUUAAAAUAUGGACUGAUCAGCAAUUCUAAAUCCUGACAAAGGUUGUCUGUUUUAUUUGGAAUUUUAUCUGACUGGCCAAGUAGAUGGCUUAAGAUACAGAUAAAGUAAUAAUGAGAGAGAAACAUUUUGGAACAGUGUGUAGACACCUGAGUUUCAAGUAUUUCACAGGAAUAAUGCUCGGCCAGUAAUUCUUACCUAUGUUGUUUGUAGCUAUUUGUUCAGAACGUUUCUAACUUGCCCUUUGUUUCUUUAGUUUGCUUGAGACUUGAUUUUCCUUUGGUUGCUUUGCAUUUCUGUUUCACUAUUUCAGCAUUUGCUGCUUUUUUUUCUGUUUGUGUGUUGUGUGUUUGGGGAAGGCUAUGUCUGUUCAAGAUCUCGUUGUUUAUUGUAGAUAAAAUAUAUGGUGUUGUGGAAUAGCAUGGGGAUGCAUUCGGUUGAAAAGGCACUGUAGUGUUUCCUGAAAAAGAAGGGGAGUUGCAUUUGUUUAUAAAUGCAUUCUUUUGGUACUAUAACUUUGAAAGUGAUUUGGGAUUUUUUUGCUUUUUUUUAAAUUUUGGUUUGGUAUUUAAUUUUCCUUUUAAAUUUAAUGAGCAUAGAGUCAUGCAGGUGCAUGCAUUCUUAAGUGAGCAAGCCCAGCAUGUUUUUCUUAAGGCUUUUGAAAAUUUGGUACACCAUUUGUGAACUUUACUUUCCUAGACUAUUUUUAAUUAUAUUUUUUUUCAGACUCCUUUCUUUUUUUUUUCCUCCUGAAUAUACCGUGGUAUACUUGGUUUCCACUGUACUUAAAAACUACCCUGAUCUGCCUCUCCUUUUAUGUAUCUUGUGUAAUAGAUUUUGCAGGAGGUGCCUAGAAAGUAUUGUUGGUUUCCCUAUAAAAGUGUGGUUUGUCCAGAUUCUUUACUGUCUACAUGACUGAGAGAUGGACUGAUUGCCCUAUUUUUCCUUGAUGAUUUGGAGUUGUAAGAGUUGUCCAGCUGUUGCUUAAUAAAAUUUUGCAGACUAGAAA